UCUCGUUUGAGAAGACAGGAUGUCGGCUUGAAAAGCCACCUGGAUCAGCUAGACCAGCGAAUAAGUGAGCUGAAAUUGGACGUCAGUAAGACCUCCAGUGAAUACUUGGAUAGUGACAGCCGGCCCAGCUCAGGCUUCUAUGACCUGAGUGACGGUGGUUCUUGCUCACUCUCCAAUUCUUGUACCUCUGUGUACAGUGAGUCCAUCUCCUCAUCCCACACCAGUCUCUUGCCCGGCUCUCAACACCCUAAAGCAAGGCUCAGUGUGUUUGAUUACCGACCCAAGUCUGCAGAUGAAACUACUGUGCACGCCACCAGCUUCCAACAGCAGGGAACCUAUGUCAGCGAUGGAUGUCGGAUUACAGCUAGCACAGACAUUUCUGGGACUCCUGCCAGGUCCCGACCGAGGCCAGUUUCCACAGGUGACUUGGAAAGACUCAUUCCAGCAGAUACUAGAUUUCAGAAAGAGACAGAUCCCAAAUCCAUGUGGCCUCUAUGCCAUGCCGGAGACAUGCACUUGCUCAGCAUGGACCCCAAAUUCCAGAAUGACCUGGUCUCCAAGAAUGGCAUUGAUGUGUAUCCUUACCCAAGCCCCCUUCAUGCGGUGGCUUUACAAAGUCCUCUUUUCUCCCUAGUGGGGACAUCCUCAGAAGCAGACCUCCAGGCCCUUCCCAGCAAACCCGUGCCUAGUGCAACAGGUCCCAGCUUGAUUAGGGCUAGGCCAACCACUGAGGCCAAGCCAGGGGGUUACAUCAAAAAAUUACUGCAGCUGACGAGAUGCAAAGGGAACAAUCAGGCUGAUGCCAGUGAGUGGGUUUCAACAAAGAGCCAGCCAGCCACAAUGCACCAGAGACUCAUUAUAACCCCCAGCGCCGGUGGAGUGAAAAUUAACAGCAGCAAUAGCCAGCUGGAAAAACAAGUGAGUUCUCUGGAAAGUAACAAAGCUGAAGGGAAGCUGCAGAGAGAGGUGCCGGAGGGGGAAUGUGCCAAGCAGCAGGAGACCAUGCACUGUGUGAAUGAAGAACAGCCGGGCUCUCCUUUGGCAGAAGCAACAGAGAGCAGCUUGGAGCUCAGUUCAUCCUGCUCGCAUCUGUGCCAGGAGGACUCCAACCCAGGCACAUGGAACGCUAAAGCCAUCCCACCCAGAAAGCUGCCCCUCAAAAGGUGUGGCAAUGCCAAAUUUGCUAACGCUGGGGGUCAUGAGCAAGUGGCACGGAGUGAGUUCGUUCAUGCUCAGUUCGUCCCUGCAGAAUCCCACCAAGUCCGGGUCAAGUUUGCCAGCUCCAAAACAAAGGCAGCGAAGAUAAAGAGGAGGAACAGUGAAAAGGUACUACGGCCUGGGAAGCAAACCUUUUGCAUGGAGAAGGCGAGAGGCUCCCAUGGGGCUGCCAGGCUGCCUGCUGAGUGGAAUCAGCCCCAAAGGCCACAUGGAGCAAAGAGCCUCGUGCGGAGACCUUCGUAUUCUGGUGACGUGACCGGCAGGUCGUGCUCAGAGUCUAGCUUGUUCCCUGUGCAGGUCAGGCUCCCCACUGUGCCAUCCAGGCCAGAUCUUCACAGAGCCUCUGCCAAUGCACUGUAUUCCCUCGAAGCAGCUUGCGUAGACACAGCCAACAAGAAGAAGCAGCGCAAGUGGCAGUCCACAGUGGAGAUCUCUGCCAAGGGCCACCUGGCCAGCCUCUCUAGUAGCUUUGGCCUGGGAGCGCCAAGGCAGCCAGCAAGGAAAGCUGGUGUCCUACGCACUGUCAGUAUGAGGGCUCGCUCCAAGAGUCAGCACCACGGAGCUUAUGCCAAAAGUGAGUCAGACCACUCUGAGUACUCUGCAGAGUGUGCUUCCCUCUUUCACUCCACCAUUGCAGAGACCAGCGAAGGGGAGGUCAGCGAUUUCACGGCUAACCGUUUUGGGGAUAGCGAGUCCAGUGAAAGCGAUUCAGAUGGCAGCAGUGACAGUAGCAGCCUUGCCCUUGACUAUGAUGAGGGGGAUGAAAGUGAGCUGAUUUGGCCUGAAAGUUCGGUCAGACAAUCGGGAGCUGUCCAGACCUCUUCCAAGCCUCUUCCCCCAGUGCCCAAAAUCUGUCGCAUAAAAGCUUCAAAGGCACUAAAGAAGAAGAUUAGGAGAUUCCAACCUGCCUCUCUGAAGGUCAUGACCAUGGUUUAA